CACGGACUCCAUUACUCCAUUUUCCUCUUAUCGUCUUGUCGAUUCCACGCGAGAAGAAAACUGAAUAUUUCAACUAGAACGAUUUAUUACGUAGCAUACAUUUGAUCAUGGCACAAUUUUUUAAUCGAUUGGGUCAACUCGGCCUAGGCAUAGCACUGACCGGCGGUGUUAUUAAUUCUGCAUUGUACAAUGUUGACGGCGGUCACAGGGCAGUUAUAUUUGACAGAUUUGCGGGUAUAAAAAAUACCGUGAUAGGAGAAGGGACACAUUUCUUUAUUCCUUGGGUGCAAAAACCAAUUAUUUUUGAUAUUCGUUCACGUCCGAGAAAUGUUCCUGUUAUUACUGGGAGCAAGGAUUUGCAGAAUGUAAAUAUCACUCUUCGUAUCCUCUUCAGGCCUGUGCCAGAUUCGUUGCCUAAGAUAUAUACGAUACUCGGUGUUGACUAUGACGAAAGAGUAUUACCUUCUAUUACCACUGAAGUGUUGAAAGCUGUUGUCGCACAAUUUGAUGCUGGUGAACUAAUUACACAAAGAGAAAUUGUGUCUCAAAAGGUCAGCGAAGAUUUAACAGAAAGAGCUGCACAGUUUGGAUUUAUUUUGGAUGAUAUUUCUCUUACACAUUUAACAUUUGGUAAAGAGUUUACUCAGGCAGUAGAAUUAAAACAAGUGGCGCAACAAGACGCGGAGAAAGCCCGUUUCUUAGUAGAAAAGGCUGAACAGCAGAAGAAAGCAGCUAUUAUUAGUGCUGAGGGUGAUGCCCAGGCCGCGAGUUUAUUAGCAAAAUCUCUAGCUGAGGCAGGAGAAGGUUUGGUUGAGCUCAGAAAGAUCGAAGCUGCGGAAGAUAUCGCGCAUAAUUUAUCCAAGUCUCGUCAAGUGGCAUAUUUACCUUCGGGUUUAAAUGUGUUGCUUAAUUUACCGCAGUAAAAUAAACGAAUUGUUACAUGUUUCUACAUGAAUUGUGCAUUUAUAUCAUGAGAAGUUUAUCGCUGUAAUAGAGUGAGAGAGUGUAAAAAAGAAUAUAGUCUAUAUAUGAUAAAAACUUCCCUGAAGGCUGCAUAGCAGGAAUACAUAGUAUUUUGUAACAUUUAAAUGAUUUAAUUGGUGAAUUUGCGCCAUUUUAUAAAUGUAUUACGUCUCUAUACCGUUUAGUUGCUAAA